AUGAAGCUCACUGCAAUUGCCCCUCUUCUUGCCCUCCCCGGCACCCUAAGCCUCGCCAUAAGGGACCACACCGCCAAGAUCACCUUUACUGGCGCCGCCGACGCCCAGUUCACCCAGGACUUCCCGCAGGACGGCUCCGUCGUGGAAAUCACCAACCCCCUAAGCAUCUCGCACAUCUCAUCCAACAACCCCGACAUCGCAUGUACCUUCAACGGCAUCGACCACGGAGCAACCACCGUCGUCGGCGCUGCGACUGUCGACGUCGGUCCUCCCCAGACUCAGAUCCAGGGCUCGUGCAGUGUUGGCUCGACACCGCCUAGUCCCCCUGUUGAGUCUGCGCCUUCUGGAGACCAGGUGAUGAUUACCUUUAUCGGAGCGGCGAAUGCGCAGUUUUCGAAGGAGUUUGGGCUGGAUGGGGCUGCUGUGGAGAUAGACGACCCGCUGAGCAUCUCGCAUAUCAUGUCUAACACGGAGGGUGUGAAGUGUACCUUUAACGGUGUGGAUAACAGCCUUACUGUGGUUGAGGGGGCGCAGACUGUUGAUGUUGGUCCGCCGCAGACUCAGAUCUCUGGUUCCUGCGUUGCGGAGUGA